ACUAGAGAAGAAGACAAAAAUCAAGAUGGUAAAAUGGACCAGUUGCACUUUAAGUUGGAACUUCCACUACAACCUACCGAGGAUGUUGUUGGCAUUCAGCUGAUUCUACUCUUUUCCUACCAGCUUUAUAGAAUGUCGACAUUUGUGAUGCAGAGCAUGGCUUUUCUUCAGUUUUUCUCUCCUGUGCCAGGGUCUCAGCUCUAUAUGAAUGGAGACCUGAAGUUGAACCAGAGGCAGUUACUUAACCAUUGUGGACUGGAUACCAGAUACAAUGUGUCUGUGGUCAAUGGCACAAGUCCUUUUGCAAGUGACUAUGAUCUAACAAACAUCAUUGCAGCAUACUGGGAUAGAAAUGUGACAACAGUCUUUUCUGAUCCCAGCCCUGUCUGGAUGACUGGAAGAGCAGCAGAUACACCAUUUGUCAUUGAUGCCACUAUUCGCUAUCCGAUGGAAGUUAUCUUAUAUCCUUUGGAAACUCCAGGAUUCUGGGAAAUCAUUAAAUUUGCCUGGAUCCAGUAUGUCAGCAUCCUCCUUGUCUUCCUUUGGGUGUUUGGCAGGAUUAAGAUGUUUGUGUUCCGGAAUCAGGUGUUGACUACAAUUCCAAUAACACCAGUUCCUCCGGUGUCUCCAGUACUAUCCUACAAGGAGCACCAGUCCUGA